UAAGUUGAACCUAAAAUCUUCCCUUCCUAGCCUAACCUAAGCAUUUUAGAGGCUUUUUCAUUUGCAAAGUAGUCAAAACGUUCUCUCCCCAAAAACCUAUACAAUCGAACGUCCUGCUGUAGUACUACAGUUUAUGCCCAACGUACAAUUAAGAAAUAACCUCGGUGAGGGCGACUAGGACGUGGUAUCAUCCCUCCGUGGGGGCGCCCAUAGGUAUACACAGUAACUUUUCUCGAGGUUCAAGAAUUCAUCCAUAUUACAGCCUUUUUUUUUUUGUUUCCUUUGAAUGCAACAAAAUUCUCAACCAUUUUGAAGAAUCUUGCUGCUAAUAAUAUUCUCCUUGAAAAUACUUAAAAAUGGCCUGCAUUUCACAUAAUUUUGGAGCUUCCAUGAAAAUUGGCCGGUUGCCUGUAGCGAGUCAGAGGCAGUUUCCAAACAAGUUCUCUCAACUCUUCUUCCAGCAGCCCAGGAACUUUAGAUCAUCAAAAUUUUGUGAUUCUCAGUAUUAUAGCCGUUCAAAUCGUCAUCGAAUUUUCAACAGCGUUUCUUCCGUAAAUGGCGUCUCCGAAGAAAGAGUUUCUGUAUUGGUGAUUGGUGGUGGAGGAAGAGAACAUUCACUUUGUUACGCGUUGAAGCGGUCUCAUUCCUGCGACGCUGUCUUCUGUGCUCCGGGAAAUGCUGGCAUAUCUAACGCGGGUGAUGCUACCUGUAUCGAAGAUCUUGAUAUAUUUGACAGCUCAGCGGUGAUAGAUUUCUGUUGUAAAUGGGGAGUUGGACUUGUUGUGGUGGGUCCGGAAGCUCCCCUUGUUGCGGGUCUUACGAACGAUCUUUUGAAAGCUGGCAUACGUGCUUUUGGUCCUUCGUCAGAAGCUGCUGCUUUGGAAGGUUCCAAGAACUUCAUGAAGAGUAUAUGUGAUAAAUACGGAAUUCCAACUGCUAAGUAUGAAACGUUUACGGACCCAUUAGCUGCAAAGAAGUAUAUCAAGGAACAAGGGGCUCCCAUUGUUGUUAAAGCAGACGGGCUGGCUGCAGGAAAAGGUGUGAUUGUUGCUACGACACUGCAAGAAGCAUUUGAAGCUGUGGAUACGAUUCUUGUAAACGGGUCAUUUGGGAAGGCAGGCUCUUCUAUAAUUGUAGAGGAGUUUUUGGAAGGUGAAGAAGCAUCAUUUUUUGCACUUGUUGAUGGUGAAAACGCCUUAGCCUUAGAAUCUGCACAGGACCAUAAACGGGUCAAUGAUGGGGAUACGGGUCCAAACACGGGUGGAAUGGGUGCGUACUGUCCUGCACCUGUUUUGACCCAAGAACUUCAGUCACAGGUUAUGAGUUCCAUAAUUCUUCCUACUGUAAAAGGGAUGUCGAAAGAGGGCUGCAAGUUUGUGGGAGUUUUGUAUGCUGGACUUAUGAUUGAGAAGAAAUCGGGUUUGCCGAAACUAAUCGAGUACAACGUCCGGUUCGGAGAUCCAGAAUGCCAGGUGUUGAUGGUUCGCCUGGAAUCUGAUCUAGCGCAAGUCCUGCUUGCUGCGUGUAAAGGUGAAUUGAACUCAGUGACUCUGGAAUGGGCCCCUGGUUCAGCCAUGGUGGUGGUGAUGGCUAGCAACGGCUACCCUGGAAGCUAUGUAAAAGGAACCAAGAUUCAAAACCUUGAAGAAGCAGAGGUAGCAGCUCCUGGUGUUAAAAUAUUUCAUGCUGGGACAGCGGUUGAUGCAGAUGGCAAUUACAUUGCAACGGGCGGGCGGGUUUUGGGCGUUACUGCGAAGGGCAAAGAUCUUGAAGAAGCAAGAGACCGCGCAUACAGAGCUGUCGAAGAGAUCAAAUGGGAAGGAGGCUUUAACAGAACCGAUAUUGGUUGGAGAGCGCUUCCCUUGAAGCAAACAUCCUCGAAAUGGUGUGAAAUUUCAACAUGACACGGAACUAAGACGCAAUCUAUAGGGUAAGUUUUGGGUUGAUCAUGUGAACACAUUUAUAAAUGGCCGAGUUCGGGUCAACUUGCGGGUGAGGGUUGACUCCUAUAUUUCUUUAAAUUAUUUAGGGGAUAUUCCUUGUCUAAAAUUACGGUUCUGUAGCUUAAGCGUAAUUGUUUUA